AUGGUGGGCGACGACCCCUACAACCCCUACAAAUACUCCGACGACAACCCGUAUUACAACUACUACGACACGUACGAGAGGCCACGGCCUGGGGGCAGGUACCGGCCGGGAUAUGGCACUGGCUACUUCCAAUACGGUCUCCCGGACCUGGUGCCUGACCCCUACUACAUCCAGGCGUCCACGUACGUGCAGAAGUUGUCCAUGUACAAUCUGAGAUGCGCCGCGGAAGAAAACUGCCUGGCCAGUUCAGCCUAUCGGGCAGAUGUCAGAGAUUAUGAUCACAGGGUGCUGCUAAGGUUUCCCCAAAGAGUGAAAAACCAAGGGACAUCGGAUUUCUUGCCAAGCCGACCACGUUAUUCCUGGGAAUGGCACAGCUGUCACCAGCAUUACCACAGCAUGGAUGAAUUCAGCCACUACGACCUGCUUGAUGCCAGCACCCAGAGGAGAGUGGCUGAAGGCCACAAAGCGAGCUUCUGUCUGGAGGACACCUCCUGUGACUAUGGCUACCACAGGCGAUUUGCCUGCACUGCACACACGCAGGGGUUGAGUCCUGGCUGCUACGAUACCUAUAAUGCAGACAUUGACUGCCAGUGGAUUGAUAUUACAGAUGUAAAACCAGGAAACUACAUUCUCAAGGUCAGUGUGAAUCCCAGCUACCUGGUGCCAGAGUCAGACUAUUCUAACAAUGUUGUGCGAUGUGAAGUUCGAUACACAGGCCAUCAUGCGUAUGCGUCCGGCUGCACAAUCUCGCCGUAUUAAAGUGCAAGCCAAAUCGCCCAGUGGAUCAGUGCCUGGUGUUCUAAAGUGGGAAAAAGAAAUUAACUUCAGUAGGAUGUAUGUGUUUGGAAAAAAGAGAGCAGAAAACAGCAAAGGGAUUUUUGUUUGUACUGUAUUAUAACACAGCACAUAACUGGAUUAUGAACAUUUAAAUCGGCAUUAUUUGGGAAAGUUUUAAUACUUAAAAUUCACAUAACUGUGAAUUAACAUAAUGUUUUGAUUCUAUAGUGGUACAUUUGGCUCUUUCAAAGAAAUUCAGCUUUCUUGUCCUUCUGCUAACAUUAUAGUGCCGAAAGGGAACAUAUUUCAUGGGAUUAAUCAAAAUCAUUUGAGUUGAGAAAUUUCUAAAAUGCCGACAUUUCCUUGAAAUAACAACAAGUGACAUGUAUGUCCUAGUGCAGAUCGAUUUAGAGAUGACGCUCCUACUGCUUGAACAUACAUGGACACAUUUGGUGCUGAGGAGGAAACAAACACAUUGUCAUAGGUGUUGCAAAAUAUUAUCAUAUAGCAGAGAAAUGGCAGUAUAUGUAUUCAGAUAGGUAACACCCCUAGAUAAAUGUUAUGUUUACAUUUUUAAAUUAGUAGAUAAACUACUUCCUUUCUGUCAAGUGCACAAUUUCAUUCUAACUCGAGUCAGCUUUUGUGUAGGAAUGUAUCACACAGUCGAGCUGCCUGAUUUCCGCUGAGAUUCGUUCAUGCUCCUUGAGCUUUCCUAUGGCAGAGGCGUUUCAAAUGAUACUCUUCUACGACUGUUCUGGGGACUGGCAUAUGUAGGACAACUAUACAUGAGAAGCCAUUCUGAUGAGAGAGAACGUGUGGGACAACUGUAAAUGGGAAGUCAUUCUGAAGACUGAUGUGAAUUUGCCCAGCGAUUGAACUUGAAGCGUAUUGAAGUAUUAAUCAAAGGGAUAUUUACUCGCUGGCGUACAAAUCAUUGACACGUCCCUCAAAUCACAGCUGUCUCUACAAUACUUUCAAAGAGUCAAUGAAAAAAAAACUUAGCAUUUUAGACCUUUAUUUAAAUAUUUUAUGAGAAUAUUUCUGGUUCAGCUACUAAAAAGAGGGAUGCUAAGGAAUUUAUAAUUAUUCACAAUAGAUGAUAUAAUGUGGGUACAGUACAAGAACAUCAUUCCACAUCAUUCAGGAAUCAGUCACACAUGAUUAUCUGUGUGGAUGUGAAAUACAGUCCAAAUUACCAAAGCACAUAAUAUCCUUCAGGCUUUGGUGAACAGGGCAGAAGACGACAUGCUGGAAAGCCGAGGACUGUGUGCUUGCUGUGUAGUGAGACAGCUGUGAUUUUAUGUUAAACUGUGAAAUCAUGUGCCACCACAGAACUUGGAGAAUCUCUUUUUUCUGAAAAUUUUCGGAAGGUGCUGAAAGAAAUCUAAUUUCACUUUUAAGUUAGAGGUGCUUGGAGCAGAAGUUUUGCAUAUAGAAACAGCCAGUAUUGAAAUCUCAAGUAAGCUAUCGCAGUGCCAGAACGAAGCUGAGUCUUCAAAGAGAGAUGGCAUCCCUCUAGAAUCGAAAAGUCAACAGUUAGUUAUUCCUAAUGAUCUUCCUGUACUCCGUGAGCACGUAGCAGGGCAACAGGGGCUAAAGAGAGAUGGGCAGUCCUCACAAGGCUAGUACACACCCUUCUCCACCAGGGGACUCACCAAUCAAGAAGAUAGGCAGCUUGAUUGAGAUCCAGAACUUUCAUCAAACCAUCACUUGUGCUACGGAAUAACUUCUCUAAUAUGCUUCUUUGCCUUAAAUGGCUUUAUAGUUUUAAGAUUGUGGAGUGAGCGUUUCAAAUUUUUAAUCUUUUCCAAUAGAAAUAUUUUAAUAUACUUGCUUAAAAAAAAAAGACUGAAAAACUACUGUCAGUAUUCGUACUGAGCCAGACUGGCAUCUUCAGAAUUAGGGUUUAUUGUUUUAUGAAGAGUGUUUUCCCUUUAUGAAAAAGUAAGCAAUACCAGGGCCUUUGGACACAUUUUGAAUCACUGCAUUGGACCUUCUCUCUGGAGAACCUAAUGCAUUUAUACCAGGCUACACCUGACCUCAACGAGCAUUUCAAAACAUUGCCAUCCUUGUGCUCAUUGUCUCUUAUUCUAGGCAAACUAUAACUAUGUACAAUUUCCAUUGUAGACACUUGUUUUUCAUGAACAUAUUUUAUUUUUUAAAGUAAGUUAAACAUUAAAUAUGACAUCCACAUAAUGUACUAUUAAUUAAAAAUAUAUUUCCAAUCCUUAAAUUGUCUACCUUUAAAUAUAACACCUAACAUUUGGUUGAUUGUUUUGAAAAUAUAAUUAAGUAGGAAGCUAAAGAUUCUUAUACCUUAUAAACAGUUCUCUCUGUCACUCCUAAAUACUAUCAAAUAACUUACAACUACUGAUUUAUCGGUCAAAAUUUUAGAACCUUUAACAGGAUCAAAAUUCAGAGCUUGUCAAUUAAUGAGCCUUAAAGAAGGCAUUUUGUAAAAUAGAAAUAGGAAGUAAAAUAAGCAACAACAAAAAUAAGACUUGGUACCGUGAAGAGACUCUUAAGCUAAUGAAGGCUAUAGCCAAAUGGACUGAGUUGGAAAAAUAAUUUUCUGAGACUCAUGUGCCAUGUUAGGGGACUCACAAUUCAGAGCCCCGUCUGAAUUAAAAAUCUCGACAUUUGAGACUGAUUCAGUUCCACAACAGUAACAAUCUAACACGUUAAUAUACAGCUUGCCAAUUUCUAGGAAAUUUUAAUUUUUUUGGUAAAAAUUGUAUUUUAAAUGUCUAAUUAUUUAGUAGGAACCAUUGUGAUAAUGAACAUCCCCCCCUCUUUGAACCCUGAAAGCAUAAUCUGAACAUCUGUACUCUAGUAAACAUGCAGUUCAUUGCAGUCACCUGUGUCCUGGAGAAGCUUCAGCGUGGUGUUGGGUGCAUUGUAUCGGUCCGUCUCUCUGUAACCCUGUGCUCAGUAGAAAACAACAUGAGCCUAUUGGGCAAAGAUCUUGAAUCUUAAUAGAUGUUUUCUUUGAAAAAUAACAUUUUGAUAUGGACAACAUAGCUUUAUCCCCUUUCCAUGUUUGUGUGUUUAGAAUUUACAUUUGCAAUCAGCAUAUUCAGUCAUCAAAUUCAGUUUCAUCCACAGUAACCUGGGCCACAUGUGAACCUUUCAAGCAUCUCAUUUAUCCUUAAAAAUGGUGCUGAAUUAUUUCAACUUGAAUGUAAAAUGUAUUAAGACCUAACUUACAAGAUAGAAACAAUUAAUAUAUAACUCUUUGCAGCAAAACCAGUGACAUGUCACUUGGUAUUCUGUUUUCAAUAAAGUUUGAAUCCCAGCCCAGUAUUUUCAGGAACUCUCUCUGUAAAAGCUCUGUAACUCCUCUGAAGAGUUCUUAUGUUAAGUGCCCAGACACUGGCUUGUAUCUUUGUACUCUCGUAAUCUUUUCUUAUAUGUCUGUACUAGGAUUGCAAGAUGCUAUAAAAAUGCCUUGAAUAAAUGA